CCUGUCCCCGCGGCCCGGAGCCGGGAGCGGACGAUGGCGGCCCUGCGGCUCCUCGCGGCGGCGCUCGGGCGCCGCGUCUCCACCGGCCGCUCGGGGCGCGCGCUGGCCGAGGGCGGGGUGUGCGGCUUCGCCAGCAGCGCUCGCGCCCGCGCCCGGUUCUACACGGAUCCCGUGGAGGCGGUGAGAGACAUCGCCGACGGGGCGAAGAUCAUGGUCGGGGGCUUCGGGCUCUGUGGGAUUCCGGAGAACCUGAUCCGGGCGCUGCUCAAGACCCGCGUGAGAGACUUGACCGUGGUCAGCAGCAACGUGGGGGUGGACGACUUCGGGCUGGGCCUGCUGCUGGGGACCAAGCAGAUCACCCGCAUCAUCUGCUCUUACGUGGGAGAGAACGCGCUGUGCGCGCAGCAGUACCUGGCGGGCGAGCUGGAGCUGGAGCUGACGCCCCAGGGCACCCUGGCCGAGCGCAUCCGCGCCGGCGGGGCCGGAGUGCCCGCCUUCUACACGCCCACGGCCUACGGGACCCUGGUGCAGGAAGGCGGCGCCCCCAUCAGGUACUUCCAGGACGGCCACAUCGCCAUCCUGAGUCAGCCGAGAGAGGUGCGGGAGUUCCAUGGGCGCCACUACCUCCUGGAGCACGCCAUCACGGCGGAUUUCGCUUUGGUCAAAGGGUGGAAGGCCGACCGCGCAGGAAACGUCAUCUUCAGGCGAAGCGCCAGGAAUUUCAACGUGCCCAUGUGCAAAGCUGCAAACACCUCGGUGGUCGAAGUUGAAGAAAUUGUGGAUGUGGGGUCGUUUGCCCCAGAAGACAUCCAUGUUCCUAACAUUUAUGUAGAUCGCGUCAUCCAGGGGGAGAAAUAUGAGAAAAGAAUUGAGCGUUUAACAAUCCGGAAGGAGGAAGAUGGAAAAGCCAAGGCUGCCGAGGAUAUAAGAACACGGAUCAUCAAGCGGGCGGCUCUUGAAUUUGAGGAUGGCAUGUAUGCCAAUUUGGGCAUAGGCAUCCCUCUUCUGGCCAGCAACUACAUCAGCCCGAAUAUAACUGUCCACCUUCACAGCGAGAACGGCAUCCUGGGCUUGGGUCCGUUCCCACGGAAAGACCAGGUGGAUGCAGACCUCAUCAAUGCUGGCAAGCAAACCGUCACCAUUUUCCCCGGGGGCUGUUUCUUCUCCAGCGAUGACUCGUUUGCCAUGAUCCGAGGGGGACACAUCCACCUCACCAUGCUGGGAGCCAUGCAGGUGUCCAAAUACGGCGACCUGGCCAACUGGAUGAUCCCCGGAAAGAGGGUGAAGGGCAUGGGGGGUGCGAUGGAUUUGGUGUCCAGUGCCAAGACCAGGGUGGUGGUCACCAUGGAGCACUCCACCAAGGCCAACAAACCCAAAAUCUUGGAGAAAUGCACGAUGCCCCUGACCGGGAAGCGGUGCGUGGACCGAAUCAUCACGGAGAGGGCCGUGUUUGACGUGGACAAGAAGAGAGGGCUGACGCUGACCGAGCUCUGGGAAGGCCUGACGGUGGAGGACAUCAGGAAGAGCACGGGGAGCACCUUCGCCGUCUCCCCCGAUCUCAGACCCAUGCAGCAGGUGGCACCCUAACCCGGGAGGGGGGUCUGUCGUUUGAAGCUCGCGGGUGUUGGUCCACAGGUAGUCAGGAACCACGUGUGUACACACAAGCGGUCUGACCAGAUUUCUCCUGGCAUCUCAGACUUGCUGCCCCUGGAGACGCACUUUGUUCUCUCAGGAGGAUUUGACUCUAAUUAAAAACAGAAGGAAAAUGUAGAAGUUUAUCGAGUCCGUUCUGUGAGGGCUGAGAAAGCUCUGCCACGUGACUGAACGUUGGACGCCCCCUUCCCUGGCUGCCUUUGCGUUAAAUUCUGUGCAGCUGGAGAUGAUGCCACAGGCAGGGUUUCCUUGAGGUGCCUUCCCUCGUGAAGGAGUGCUGAAAUUUAGGGAGUGAACGACGAGGGAGGGUAAGACCCCCGGGGUUCACCUGAGGCGCCGUUUUCCUAGUAACGUGGCAAGUACACAAGGACAGGUGUGCCUUUGUGAUCGGAAGAAAUUCUGUUGGCAGGAAAGGGUUUUCCUUUGGCCCCUCUGACUUUCCUUCUGGGGCCGUUCAUUUUGUUGCUACGUUUUGUUUCCCUGUAACCUCCCAUCCUGCUCCCCCAACAUGUCUCCACCCCGUAGCUAAAUAGACGUCUCUAGAAGGAAAGCAAGACGGUCUCGGAGGGACAGUGACUGGUAACAGGAGCGACUGAAUGGGGGGCCUGCUGGUGCUGACCUUCCAGCGGGAAGUGUCCUCUGUGAGUAAACGUCCAUCUGGGGGUCGCCAAAGGCUGCGGCUUAUGCUAGGAGUUCUAGAACCUGGAUGGGUUUUCUCAUCUUGAAUCAUGGUGUUCUUGUGUCGUCCAGAAGAGACACUUAGCUCCUUCCUCUCUGUGCUGGAGCCCAAUCUGGCCUCCUGUCGACACUCCCUUGUGACCCAAGAGGGGCUGUGAGGUGUUUCAUCCCGAACCCAUAGUCGCAAAGACUAAAGAGAAAACAAUGAGUGUGUGUGUGUGUGUGUGUAAAGUGUUAAAAACCAAGCCUGACGAGGAGCUGGCACUUUCUCAGUGUAGCUCUGGGAUGCACACAACCGACGGGAGCACUU